ACAGGAACCAAAAGCUACUACCAGUCCCUCGCGUUCCAAUUCCAUGCACCAUGCCGUGACCGUGAGCAGUGCCGUUGGAGAAGAGACGGAGGGGGGAGCUGGUGUGGACUGUAGUGGCUGCUGCGAGCUUGCUUGGUGUGGGGGUGGGAAAGAGAGAGUGAGAGAGUCAGAGACAGAGGUGGCUUGGUUCAUCUGCAACAGUCGCCAUCUCUGCCUGCUUUUCAGCUCCUUUGCUUGCUUUCCCUGCACAUCUCUUUUGUUUUGGCCUCCAUCUCCAUCUCCAUCUCCAUCCAUCCAAGCCGGCCGCCUCCAACUCCCUAUCCUCCUCCUCCUCCUUUUGCUUUCCCACAUCUUUGCUCCAAUAAUGAUGGGGUGGUGGUGGGUUUGGUCGUGACCCUGCCGCUGCAUCCCCACCCUCGCCGCUCUCUCCCUCGUCCAAAUCCACCGGCCGCUUGCUUUCCUCUCCUCUCCCUUCCAUCAUCCCCGGCUCGCCAGUCGCCACCCCCUCCUUUUCCUCUUUUCAGCUGCAGUUGAGCAGCAGUAGGUUGGUUCUGCUUGCCUUCCCCUCCCCACAUCCCUUUUCCUUGCUGGGGAUCGGGAGGCCUUCAUCAAGCCAUCUCCAUUUUCCUCCCUGCUGUCCACAUCUCGCUCCUUGUGCGGGGUGGUGCCGGCUGGUGGUGCCGCUACUGCUAGCUAGGAGCCCAAUUUCUUGAUAGGAUUGGUGCGUGCCAACCACAGGUUUCUCCUGUUGGCUUAAUUUGCUUCUCGGCUCAGCGGCUGCUGGUUCUCUGCUCUGCUGGGAGCACCAACUGCAGCGUGUUCUUGCGCCGGUUUGGUUUCUUGCCGUGAAUCGAUCGGGUCGAGAUUGAGAGGCUCUGGCUCUCUCCCGUUCCGAUGAGGCCAGAGGAGAGAAAUGCUGCCGUGGGGAGGGUCAGGGACCAGUUCCCCGUCGGCAUGCGGGUUCUCGCCGUGGACGACGACCCCGUGUGCCUCAAGGUGCUUGAGAACCUCCUGCGCCGCUGUCAGUAUCGUGUUACAACGACGAAUCAGGCUGUUGUCGCCUUGAGGAUGCUGAGGCAAAACAGGGACUUGUUUGAUCUUGUUAUCAGUGAUGUGCACAUGCCAGACAUGGAUGGCUUUAAGCUUCUGGAGCUUGUGGGGCUCGAAAUGGACCUCCCUGUCAUUAUGUUAUCGGUGAAUGGAGAGACAAAAACUGUAAUGAAGGGGAUAACUCAUGGCGCCUGUGACUAUCUCUUAAAACCUGUUCGGCUGGAAGAGCUUAGGAAUAUCUGGCAGCAUGUUGUUAGGAGGAAAUUCAGUAACUGUGAGCGUGCUAACAUUGAUGGCUAUGAGGAGUGCACCAGGCCAUCAAAUGCAGAUUUUGAUCAUGUACACAGCCAAAUUACAGGUGGGACACCUGACCAAAGUGGGAGGUCCAGCAAGAAGAGGAAGGAAUAUCAUAGUGAAGAGGAAGAUGAAGGAGAAGAGAGUAAUGGCCAAGAGAACGAUGAUCCUUCAGCUCCAAAGAAACCAAGGGUUGUUUGGUCAGUUGAACUACACCGAAAAUUUGUUGCUGCUGUCAAUCAGCUAGGAAUUGACAAAGCUGUGCCAAAAAGAAUACUUGAGCUCAUGAAUGUUGAGAGACUCACCAGGGAAAAUGUUGCAAGUCACCUGCAGAAGUAUAGACUCUAUCUUAAACGGCUAAGUGCUGUGGCAUCGCAACAGGCUAGCAUUGUUGCUGCUUUCGGAGGCAAUGACCCCUUUAUGCGGAUGGGUGCAUUUGAAGGACUCCAGGGUUAUCAAUCUUUUGCCUCUUCAGCAGCUCUGCCAUCUUUUACUCCACAGGGGUUGUUAAAUAGAAAUAGCCCAACAUCAUUUGCGCUCCAAGGGAUGUCUGCUUCCAGGCCAAUUCAGAUUGCAAGCAAUUCCACAAUAAGUCAUUCCAUUAGCGAUCCAAAUAAAUAUCACCUUAGCUUACCAGGUACUAGUAGCCGACAAGGAAAUCUGGCACAAGGUUUGACUACUUCAGUUGGGCAGGUCCAGCUGCCACAAAAGUGGAUACAUGAAGAAACUGAUGAUCUAUCUACUAUCCUUUCUGUGAGUGGCCAGGCUAAUAAUGGUGUGCCCGGCACACUCCAAAGUGUCACAAACAGUCAUUUGCUGCAGCAAGGCCUCGUUGAAUGUAGACAAGACAAAGUUGUUAUCCAGCCUUGUUCAUCUGCAAGUUCAGAUCGUCUUGAAGGCACUGUUGGAGUUUCCUCCAGUUUGAUGGAUUCUUGUGCAUCCCAGCAGAAUGUUGUUCCAUUGUCUGCCUUUUCUAUCAGUGCAUCGCCAAUGAAUGGCUCGCUUUGCAGUAACGGCGUAGCUGAGUUGGGUGCUACAUCCUCUGUAGGUACAAAUAUUUGCCCCUCCAAUGAUCUCAGGGUAGCAAGAGACAACAAUGUGGGAGCUAGCUCUUUUGGUAGUGUGAUACUUUUGUCUCCAGACACUGUGCCAAACCAAAAAUACUUGAAUUUUGGUGGUGGAAGCAAUUUGAGACAAAGCAUGGAUGGAGGGAACACAGACAAUCUGUUAAAUUCCAAGCUAAUAUGGAGUUGUUUGCCGACCUCUCAACCAUCGAAUCUUGUUGGAAGUCAUCAUCCCAUGAGCCAAAGACUGAAUAACGGAAACCUUGGUGGCACAAUGGUUGGACAGACUACAGCAGCUGCUCCACAGACGAGGAUCGACAUGUUUACCUCCGGAGACACACCAACUCCAAAGAGCGCGUCAGAUUUGAGCUUCCCUAAGGUCCACAGUGAGCUUAGCUCUAGCAGCUGCAGCUUCGAUGGCCUCCUAAACUCUAUAAUCAAAGUGGAGAAGGACGAUGCUUCCUUCAGCGAUGACCUUGGAUGCGACUUCUACUCCCUGGGUGCCUGCAUAUGACCGCCACCUUCCACAUAUCUGCAUCUGCGUUCAUCUCUCAUUGUCUGCUGUGCAACUAGUGUUAAUCUUAGGUGAAAUUGUAGCUGUGCGCCUAUCUAUGCUGCUCACAGCCAAGAAAAUACUGUAACUACUAGGUUGUUCUGUAUGUAAUGUGCUAGCAGUAAGAUAUCUGGAUUCUCGAAGGUAAUGUCCAUUUGCUAAAUCGAGCUGGAGUUGAUGCGAAUUUCGUUAGA